UGCGCUUAGCAUGAAAUUUGGGGGGUUGUUUAUCUUAUCGUGAUUUGACUAUUCAUUUCAUUCAUUAUUCCUUCUUGAUUGUGAACAAUACUUUCAAAACUUUCUAUUGAAGAUUAAAAGUGAAAGUGCUCAUAAAGUUGAAUUCUACAUUUUAUCGAAAUGGAUUCCAACAUAGGAGUUUUGAAUGCAGAUAUCUUGGAGAAAUUCCGCCAAGAAUUUUAUAGUGACAAGAAAAAUGUUCUUGCCCAAAAUAUUUGUUCAAAAGUGGACCCCUUCGAUGUUGCAUUGUCCAGGAAACUUUUGGAAGAAACCCAGCACGUAUUCAAUCACAAGAUUGAAGCAGAGGCUAAACCAGUGACAAAUCAGAAGAGCUCAGGGCGAUGUUGGCUUUUUGCUGCUUUGAAUGUGAUUCGUCUGCCAUUCAUCAAGCAAUUCAACUUGGACGACUUUGAGUUUUCUCAGGGCUACCUUUUCUUUUGGGACAAAAUUGAGAGAUCAAAUUUUUUCCUCAACAGCAUUGUUGAAAGUGCUAAGAGAAACGAAGAUGUGGAUGGACGCUUGGUAUCAUUCUUAUUGAAAGAUCCGACGACUGAUGGAGGCCAAUGGGACAUGGUAGUCAAUCUAAUCAACAAGCACGGGCUAAUGCCGAAAAAAAACUUUCCGGAAUCUUUCAGCUGUGAGUCAAGCAUGAAAUUGAACCAGGUAUUGAAGAGCAAGUUACGUGAAUACGCCAAGGCUAUCAGGAAUCUCGUUUUGAAAGGCGCUAGCGACGCAGACAUCAGCAAACUCAUCGAAGGACAGAUGGCCAACAUUUACAGAGUUAUUGGUAUUUGCCUUGGCAUACCCAACGAAACUUUCACUUGGAACUACUAUGAUAAAAAUAAAACUUUCCACAGCGUUGGUCCAAUCACAGCUAAGGACUUUUACGAGAAGCAUGUCAAAGCUGUCUUCAACGUUGAUGAUAAGGUUUGUCUAGUCACAGACCCAAGACCCACUAAUGAUUAUGGCAAAGUCUAUACGGUAGAUUGUCUUGGUAAUAUGGUUGGAGGAAGAAGGUGCAUUUACAACAACCAACCAGUGGAGCUGCUUCUGGAGCUGACCAAGAAAAGUAUAAUGGAAGGAGAGGCUGUGUGGUUCGGUUGUGAAGUUUCAAAAAGAUUUGCUCCGAAACAAGGCAUUCAAGAUUUGAGAGCACAUGAUUUUCCCCUUGUUUUUGGAGUGGAUAUUCAAGUUAACUUGUCUAAAGCCGAUAGACUCCUUUAUGGUGAAAGUUCGAUGACCCACGCCAUGGUUUUCACUGCUUUGAGUACAAAUGAAGAUGGAGAAGUAUUGAAAUUGAGAGUAGAAAAUUCUUGGGGAGAGGAGAGAGGCGAGAAAGGUUACCUUGUCAUGUCUGCAGAAUGGUUCAAAGAAUUUACUUUUGAAGUAGUGGUCGAUAAGAAGUACGUUCCCCAAGAAGUUUUAGAUGUUUUUAGUCAAGAGCCCAUCGUUCUUCCUGCUUGGGAUCCAAUGGGAACUUUAGCGCAAUGAUAGUGUUUGAAAUGUUCACUAGUAGGCCUCAGUUGUGAAACUGCGGCCACUGAUUUUAUCGUUUUCAAACGUUUUUUAUUCUGAGUGAUGUCGAGUUGGUUUAUUUGUUGGUUACCAUAUUAAUUGUCUACCUAUUAAAAUAUGCUGUGUAAAUAAAACAAUGAGACUGUUUACAUAUAAUUUGUAAGAAAUACUUAUUGAUUUAAGAACCCCCUGCUCUAUGAAAUGAAUAUUAAAUAUAUAGUUUGGAAAAAUA